AUGGAGUAUCGGCCGCAAGCCAACGGGACCGCAGAAAGAAUGGUACAGACGGCGACCAGGGCGCUCAAGAUGUACGUCCUCGAUCUGGAUCAGAUAAAUUGGGAUGAGUAUGCCGAGCGUCUUACCUUCGCGAUCAACACGGCCCACGAUCGGAUCCGAGGGGAUACCCCUCAUUAUCUGGUGAAUGGGUGGGAUCCGAGAUCGACGUUGGAGGCCACACUGCCAAUCGGAUGCACCAGACGGCGUGAUCGAGACGCGCGGCGGCGGCGUUAUCGGCAAUCGCGGGAGCAAGUCAACGCCAGAUUGAGAGAGGCCAUCGCGGAUCGGGCCAGUCGACAUAAUGAGGACGUCGGAUCACACCAGAUCGAGGCCGGAUCUCGAGUUUGGUUAUAUCUAGACCGAGUGAGAGAAAGAUACGCCUGGAAAUUGGCUAACGUGUGGCAUGGGCCAUUCUGUGUCGCCGAAAAGAUCAACGAAUUCACCACCAAGCUCGAGAUCGCGGGCACCGGAUCUUCCCCGGUCGUUCAUGUAUCGAAGCUGAAAUUGGUCAAGGACUUUCCGGAUAGGCCGCGAGUUGAGCUCACAGUGAGCGAAUCGGAUCGCCUCGACUUCGAUGAGAUCCUGAUUCCGGAGGAUAGCUGGGUCCCAGAUCUCGGAGCCGACGAGUACGAAGUCGAACGGAUCUCGGAUGUGCGGAGUGGGAAGAAAACGCGAUUCGGCCGGAUCUACCGAGAAUUUCUGGUGCAUUGGGUAGGUUAUGACGAGCCGACCUGGGUUGACGAAACCGAUCUCAACUGCGGCGCAAAAAUGAACGCCUUCCUGCGAGAACGGGCGAAUCGUAACUUGUUCAAUGUGAUGCAAUCACAUGAGGAGAUGUGA